UGUGAUGUGAUGGCGUCCGACGCGCACAGGAUGAAUGGACGUUGUGUUUUUAAAUUGCCGAAACUUUAUGAAAUUUCGAUCAAAUGAAGAUGAAACGGUCGAAAAUUGAAGUAAUCAAUGCGACUGUCGAUUCGUAUUUGAAGCGACGGCGAUAUCAGGAUAGUGACGUUUUUCGAAAACCUGAGAGAACGGGUUGUAGCAGUAGCGAGGAAAUGACUUUAAAUGUUACUGCUGAGUGCGGGACAUCACGCGAUAAUUCCAUCGUCUUCAGUGCAAUCAUCAACGACCCCACAGCCGCGGAUCAGGCCUAUCAAAAAUUAAAGGGUUGGAUAAAUGGUGUAGCAGGUGACAAGUUAAGAUCAGAAUUACGGGAACUUUUGUACCCCGUGUUAUGUCAUUUGUACCUUGAAAUGCUUCAUGCAGGAAAUAGGCAACUAGCUAUUCAAUUCUUAAAGACGCAUCAAAACGAUUUUAUCUCUAGGACUGAAAAAGAUUUUUUGGACGAAUUGUCCAACGUACUGUCCAUACAAGAUAUAGAGUUACGCCCUUUAGUCAAUGCAUUUAGGACGAGGAAAUAUAAAGUUGAUAUGUCAGAUGAAGCGCACGUUUGUCUUCAUAAAUUUCUGUCAAAAUAUGGGCAUAUUAUUCUCAUGCAGGUCAUAAAUACUCACAUAACCAUUAUCAAAGAAAUGUCAGAUGGUUAUAUAGAAACUGAAGAAAAUUGUGGUGAGAGAGGGCAAAAUAAUGACAUAGGUAUUAAUGGGCACAUGGAACAACCAUCCGGCACUGGUGUCGACAGAGAAAUGCGAGAGCUUCAAGAAGCUAUUCGACUGAUUCGCAAUAAUUCUCACCAGCCUCUUCGAGUAUUUACUGUUAGCAACGCAAUUGAAAAUGCAAGUUGUGGUAUUAUUACACCAAACAUGGAUAAGUUGGCGGCAGGUUUUAGCACUAAUGAAAUCAGAGUUUGGGGUAUCGGCGACACUGUACUUAUGAGGCCGACUUUUUCUGAGCCUGAAGUUACUCUUGCUUGUGAUUUACCGUCUUCGCCUAGUUUUUUACAAGAUGGUAAUGAAAGAUGCGCAGGUGGAGCGGUAGUUUUAAGAGGUCACAGAGAUGUCGUUCAUGACAUGAGAUUUGUACCUGAGUCGGAAAUUCUCCUUUCUGUGUCCAGUGAUAAAGACAUGAGAGCUUGGCGCCUGAAUGACUUCUCGUGUGCUGCAGUUUACGAGGGACAUAAUUAUCCCAUAUGGUGCAUGGACACUAGUGCGUUUAAUUUAUACAUAGCAACGGGUUCUCAUGACAGAACUGCCAAACUGUGGUCAUUGGAUAGAACAUUCCCCCUUCGAAUAUUUGCAGGGCAUUUCUUGGAUGUGAAUUGUAUACGAUUUCAUCCAAAUGCCCGAUAUUUGGCAACUGGUUCUGCAGAUAAGACCAUACGGUUGUGGAAUAAAGACGAUGGGAAUUUGUUACGGGUUUAUGUCGGUGCUCAAUCGACAAUUUAUAGCUUAGCUUUUAGUCCCGAUGGAAAAUACCUAGCUGGGGCAGGGGACGACAAAAAUAUUUCUAUUUGGGAUUUGUCGACAAAUUCUUUGUUGACUGAGCUAAAGGCUCACCAGGAUUCGGUAAUGAAUUUAGAUUGGAGUCCGGAUGGUCAGUACAUCGCAAGCUCGAGUAUUGACGGAGUAGUCUGCUUGUGGUCAACUCAGGAACACAUUAAUCUCAACAAUGGUGGUUUGGCGAAUAUGCCGUCGAAAGCUCCGCAAGUAUUUAAAACGAAUUGCUCAAGUAUCUUGUCAUUGCGGUACUACCAAAAGAACAGUUCGCUUGUUUGCAUCGGAACAGCAUAAUAUCGACUGAAACUCAUUUUAUGUCGAAUAAAGCCAAUAUCGGCGAAAGCUUAUUGUAAGUCUAUAUAAAGACAUUUUACGCUUUCGCACUAUCAUUUUAAAAUUUUUACUCGACAUCAUCCCUCUUUUAGUAAUAAUUGCAAUUUUAAAUACUUCCAUUAAUAGAUAAAAGUAUUUCGCAAGAUUAAAAUCUAAAACGCAGUUAAUUGUAAGUUGAAAAUACCAUGUUGGCUGUGAAAAACGUUAUUCUCUUUUAUUGUUAGACUCGACAAAAUAGUAAUUAAUAUAAAUCUCUAAGAGAGAAAGAAACUGAGAAUUAAUUAAUCGCUUCUGCAGGGCGAGAAGUGCUUUGUACAUAUGUAAUUUCAUUGUUAGUAAAAUGGUUGAAAGGAGCAUGCGUUCUUUUGUUUGUAAUGGGUAUUCCGUAUUCUAUUUUCUUACGAGUUACGAACAAAACCAAACACUAAUUUAUUUAAAUGUAUUUUCUAACCGCAUAAUUUCUUUUUAAGAUACAGGAGAAUCUGUCAAUUGUAAAUAAAUAACUUGUUUCCAGUGAA